AGACGAAGCGAGGCCGAAGCAAAAGUCGUGGACAAGUACGCGUAAGCUCCUCACUGACUAUAUAAUAUCUUACCAGACCAUUCACCAUCCACGGAAGUCUAAUCUUACGCAACGAGCGACAGCGCACUUCAUUCAAAAUGGUUCAAAAAUUCAAUGAUCCCUCUCGUUACGAGCAGGACCCCAGAUGGGCGGCUGUAGAUGAAUACACUGCUACUCACCUUCUCGCCCCUGAGCGAAAUCCGCAUCACGAAGCCUUGGAGUUCGCCUACUCCAAUUCUUUGGCCAAAGGUCUUCCGGACAUCGCUUCGUACCCGGGCCAAGGUAAAUUCCUGUCCAUCCAAGUCCAAAUCACUGGAGCCAAAAACAUCUUGGAGGUGGGCACUUUAGGAGGAUACUCUGCGAUCUGGAUGGCCUACGGCGCUGGGCCCGACACGCACAUCACAAGCAUCGAGGUCGACGCCCAUCACAAAGAAGUUGCGGAGGAGAACAUUGCUCGUGCUGGUCUUAGCGGCCAGAUCGAGGUACUGCUUGGUCGAGGUGUUGAUGUCCUUCCAACGCUGGUUGAGGAGGUGAAAGCUGGCAAACGUCCACCGUUCGACUUUGUCUUUAUCGACGCCGAUAAACAGAACAACUUGGCAUAUUUUGACCUGGCCCUGCAAAUGGUCAAGCCCAGGACAUGUAUCUACGUGGACAAUGUGGUCAGACGUGGCCAUUUGGUCGACGAGGCUUAUGCUAAGGAGGAUCGUAUUGCGGGGACACGAGCCCUGAUUGAGGCUGUGGGGAAGAAAGAGAACGUCGAUGCUGUGGUGAUGCAGACUGUAUCUGUUAAGAACUAUGAUGGUUUCAUGAUCUCUAUUGCCAAAUAGGGAAUAGUUUGAUAUAGAGGUCGACAGGGAGAUCGACGAGGUGGAGGAUGGUCGAGAAGUAUUGCCAAUGGCUGCCAGUGUUGAUUGAUAUCCAGGGCAGGCUGAUUCACAUGAGCACAUGACCCUGCAGUGACAUACUAUCAAUCAAGACUCCUUGUCCAGAUCAGUGACUGUACCAGGCUUAUGCGCGACCUUUUUAUUAUUCUGAUCGGUGAAAACCACGGCAGGAGCAUGGUUGGUUCCUUUGGCACCUAAAUUCUGUGCCUCCUUGUCGUCGGUAACAAUUUGCUCGACCUGAUGACCCGCAUAUCAGCAUAUCACGAAAGGCCCAGAGUGAC